AUGACCCAGAGUGAUGAUCCAAGUUGGAACUACUGUAAUCUUGCAGUUUCAGCUGUGCAGCAGAUAGGAAUUCGCGAAUCGCUCCCGACCAUGGGAGAUAUAUCUCCCGACUCUCUGGUGUAUUUUAAAACAUGGCUCGGUUGCUUUGUUAUCAGUACAGAACUAGCGACCGACCAUGGCUUUCCACCACCGAUGACUUCUGUCGCGGGACGACUCCCAAUCAUCAGGUCGCAUAUGCAGCAAUACUUUUCCGACGAGUUUUGGGCGCGGUGUGAACUACAGGAAUACUCGAUUCGAGUUUCUACGAUGAUGUCCGGUACCUCUCCAAGUCAGCUGCAAAUGUCGCUUUUAGGCCUUCUUGAGCGCGACCUGGAUUCUUUGGGAGCUAGAAUACCGAACCCACUGUCUCAGAGAUAUCAGAUUGACUUUUUGGCAGCAAAAUUGCGACUAUGUGCUGUACCGUUGUUGGCGUUAAAGUCCAGAGAAAUGGAAAGGAGAUCAAGCAGCCAGGAGAGGGCAGUUUGGUACAGAGGAUUCCAUGCAGCCGUGCAACUUGCUAGCAUUUAUUCAAGUCUCCGUCCACACGACACGCCACCCACCGAUGAAUCAUCAUCUCACGGAAUUCGCAAACUCGAGAGGGCAACAGUGUAUUACCCCAAGCAUCUUUUCCGCGUAUUAUGCAUAGCCGGGAUGUAUUUGACAAAAUUCCUUGCCAUGGCGCAAGACAUCGAACCUCAGGAGCGAACCUUGGCCCGCAACAAGAUAAAAGAAGUGUACGAAACAUUCCUGUCUUGGUCCACCGAGGAACUAGACGAGCCUUUUAGAACUGCAAGAAUGAUUGGUCUUUUGUCCCGGCAUGCAGAAGACAAGAUAUCAUCGGCAUACUUUAGCGAUACUAGCGGAGAUCCGAGUCCGACGAUAGUAGAUGAUGGUGUGAAGAUUGCGAGCAAGAUUCGCGAGUGCAUAGCGGUUAACCCUUCCACACGGCCGACUAAUCCCACGCUGCAGUCAUUAAACACAAAUCUAGUAGCUUCAGAAAGCCAUUCUAGGCCACCCAUAUCUGAUAACUCGCUAUCUGAUUGGAACGAUUGGCUGCCUAAUACAUAUGACGACCUCUUGGGAUUUUUGGGGUCACCCUCAAAUAACUUUUUUGAUGAGCUAUGGACGCAGCCCUAG